GUAGCUUACUUUUGGGGCGAAAGCAAUAAAUCUGUAGUUUUACCGGGAAAAUCUAUUUUAAAACCGGAAUCAACGCCAUUGUUCCUGAACUUAAGCUAUUCAUGUAUUAUUCAAAAAGUAACGGUCAGUGGCAUAUCCUUAACGCGGUAGUCCUUGAUACCUGUCGUCAUUAGCUUUUUCCCCUUCGACGGCGACGGACGUUUUCCUUCCGUUGGUGUCCGCGCAUCUUUUGUUCACUUAAUCCUGUCGCACGCUUUUCACGCUACCACCGAAGUUUACGCAUCGCAUACCCAUACACAGCUACAAAAAUAAAAAGUCAAAGCGCGAUAAAUUCAAGUGAAAAGCGACAUUUUUAGGCCAACACAACUUGCAGUUUUUCCAGAAUCAAUUGUGCUUUUUUCCUUAUAAUUUGCGAGAACAGUUUCAAAUAAUUUGCAUUAAACACAAAUAUACCAAUAUACCGACUGGAACCGAAACUCGAAUAUUGCCAAUCUGCCAUAACAAUUCAAACAAAGUGCCAAAAUAUCGUAAAGCAUUCGACUCUGUACCCGAAAAGGGAAAUAGCUCUACAUAAAAUUUACAGUUACGUGGGAUUUACAGUUAGAGUUACACACAGACAACCCACACAGGCUCACCCACUCCUGCUCACACGCACACAAAGUUACUUCACCGCACAGCUUGAGUUCGUUGGGUGGUGGCGGAAGGGGAGGGGAGGGGAUGACCCCAGUCCUUGAAGCAUCUCGGCUUACGAACAACCCCCAACAACAUUGGGUGCGUCGAUACUCGGUCUGAACGUAACGGAGAACGGAAAAAAAUAACCGUCAACAAAAAACAAACAAACACUGGAAGCCGACGCUGUCCGAGUGUGGGUCUCGUUUCUGGUAUAGAUUUACCGUUCUUUUGUGCAUGUGUGUGUGUGUGAGCGCCACAAAAAAAGGAGGCGCAAAGGAUAUUAUGCCGUUGUCAGCCGCAUUUGCGAAUAAGCUACUACAAUCCGUCCACUUUGAUUAAGACUAGAUAUACCUACCACCAUGUUUGGAUCCAAACUACGCUCCUGGAUGGAGACGCACAUCGUGCGUCCCCGCAAAAAGGGCAGCAAGCACAAGCAGGCCGCCUCGGAAGCGGGCAGUUCCUGCUCCAACCACUCCAAGAAGGCGGGCACCCUGCCCCCGCAGGGGAGCAACUUGACCAGUCCGGUCCUGACCAGCAGCGGGAGUCACAGCAUCGCUAGUCCGGUGCGACGACGUGAGGUGUCGCCCAUCCAGUGCCACCCACCCAGCCGUCGCUAUGGCUGGCAAUCCCCUGACGAAGACUCGUACGUCAUAACCUCGCCCAAGUCGGACAAUCUGCUUUACGCCCCGCACUGCUAUCAGUCCCACGUGCUCCAGCAGCAGCCAUCGCAUCACUUGAGCGUCCCAAACAGCAAGGACAACUCCUGCACCGACAAAUCGCCCAUCAGGGUGAACUGCUCCUCGUCAUCCAUAUCGUCCUUGUCCUGGUCGACAGGAUCGAAGGAGCCUUCUUUUGGUAAGCAAGCUGCUGUGAAGGAGCAGGCUUUAAAUGGGGAGUACCACAUUCCACCUGAGGAGGAGGUGGAGUACGAAGAGGUUGGCGCUCUGCUGCUGCGACCCCCGGCACUCGUUCCAGCGGACCAGCAGCGCCCGCAGUCCGAGAACUUAAGCUCUGUGCGACUGAUCUAUGAGGAGGAACCCAGGCAAAGCAACAACCAUGUCCGAUACGGUCGCUUGCUACCCUCCAAGCUGGUUCAGCUUGGCGAGUCCCUAGACAAUUUGACACCUCCGAUUCCACCCGCUCCGCCAGCAGUCUCUCGGAUGCGAACUCCUCGGGGAAUGCAGCGCAGCAAUAUUUUACCGGGACCCCGGCCCCACAGCUUGCCCUCGCCGGAAAGCGCCUACUCCACGGGAUACUCCACCGAUGGCACAUCGCCGUGCGCCGCCAGCAACUACAAUCCACCGGAGUACUACAUCAAUAUGCGAUCGGGAACCCACUAUUUUCCAAAGAGCGUCAAUUCGCUGGCCAUCGAGGCGCAGCGCUACAAGUUUGGCCUGAACCGCAUUGAGGAGAUGUCGCCCAUGGAUCCACUGCCCAAGAGUAACUUUGCAAGUUGCAAUCAUGGCAUUGAGUCGUCGCCCAGUCCACUGGCCUUGAGGCAGCAGCCAAAGAUUUUUGAAUCUCCCUCACCAAGACAGCGCUGUCGUAUAAGAACAAAUCCCUGGUACAACACGGGAGAGCACUUGCCAGCCUCCGCUGGCUCCACUCGCAUUGAGCAGGAUGCCACCAGCACCACCUCUACGACCUCGUCGGGCAUUAAGUCGAGCAAUGAGCUGGAAGUUCCGGCGGCCAAAACAACAGCAAACAAAGCAGGAAAAACAGCCACUUGUACACCAACCCCCAACGGCCGAAGCACUCCCAGCAAGUCGGCCAGAGUGGCGGGUGUGGGCACUUUUGGGGGUGGGGCUGUUGGCGCACCUGGAACUGGGGGCGCUUACGAGUCCGAGGGCUCUUCUUCGUCGACUGAAGUGGAAAAUCUGCAUGCACCACAUACCAUAAAACGACGACACCUGGAGCAAGCGGAGACGACAACAACUUCAGCUCCUGUGGCAGCUGGUGGAGCUGGGGCUACCACUACCUCCUUUGUGCUUAGUGAUGACGAGGCCACCCUCAACGAGAUGAUUGGGAAGUUUGACGAAAGCUACAUUUAUGAGAAGGAGACUGACAUACUUAGCAGCGAUUCGGAUGUCACCGACUGCUGUGCUUCGGAGCUGGAUACUGGACAGGACGCAGGCGAUGAGUGCGACACGGAUGAGUUAUUGGACAUUGACUUUAUAGACACUUCAUCCAUGCAAGAGGUGGUACUUGACCGCCACGAUCUGUCGCGCAAUUUGGGCAGGUGCCACUACUAUUCCAAUCAACCCAUUAGUCCCGGAAUAAAGCGGAAGGCUUCAACACGCUCUCGACGCAAGAGUGGCCAGGAAACGGGUGAGAAUUCCCAACAGCAUCGACGUAAGCGGUUUUUCAAGACGCGCAAGAAGAGUAGCGAAAACCACGAAAAGCUUCCCUCAUCACCGCUAUGUGAGCCUCGCGGCUCUCGAAGUGUGGGAGGCACACCCGUCUGCUUGCGACGAAAUUUGCUGGGUCGAAAGGAGAGGAUCUACAAGACUUCACCUCUGUCAAACCGCUCUAAUUCGCUGAUAUUUGGCAGUAUCAAUGAAAAAAACACACUUACCGUUGCAGAGAGCGAGAAGGCUCUUUUUAAGGCGGACUUGGAGGCUGAUAGAAAGUACAAACAGCUCAUCAUGGAGGCCGAGUCCCUGCUUGAGUCCUUAAAAAACAGCUUGCAAAGUAUCCCCAGGGACACACCAGUCGCCAGUCCGAGGCGCUUGAAUCCUUUGGCUAACAAGCGCGUGGAGAUGCUGAAGAACAGCGAAGUGGACUCCAAGAAACAGGCGCCGGCUCAAAACUCUCCUCCGCUGGAGCAUGAGUUAGCCGCAGCGAUCAAUAGGCGCAUAGAGAUGCUAAAGUUUGAGACUUCUUCUGCUGCUUCGCCGCCCAACAGUCCGAAACUUGGACGCUGCAGCCCUCGCAAGACGCACCUGACAAACUUUAUGAACCAAAAUGCUCCGCCAGAGCUACCGCCACGCAAGAUAAGCGGCAGCACUCUCACUGCUCCACUCUCACCUCAGCUGCAGCUAAAUGGAAGGCGUCUGCAGGAAAGUCCCAAGGGCCAUCGACGCACUAUGAUGGUGACUUCCACUUCCAGGACCACAACUACGGUGAUCAGCUUCAACGGCAGCGAUUCGGAGAUGGAGUGCAUUGCUGUGGAGGAUAUUGGCAAUCACAACUACCUUCCGCAGCAGCAUUCCAAGCCGAAAAUCAAGCAGGAGGUCCCAAUCAAUACUAAACUGUUGGCAGAGUCGCAGAUUAACAACAACUUCUAUUGCCCGCAUAGUGAGCCCUUAAAACGCAAAGUGUACAAGGGAAGCUCUUCGUUCGAGCGAAUAAAGAAGAACUUUGACUUGGAAUUGGAUGCAAACGGACGGAGCAAGUCCAACGAGCGUUCGCAAAUUAAGCUUUCGGCCCCCGUGUCGGCCAAGAGCUCUAUGCAAGACGUGACCGUUGACGAGGCCAAGGGCCAGGCAACGGCUGGUAGAAACUGCAAGCAGCAGCUCAUACUGAACACCAUUGUCGAUCUAAAGCGCAGCUUGGAGCAUCAAAGCCAUCAGCUGAAUGGCCUGAAUGUCGAACAGAACUGAGUGAACAAACUACUAAGGCUAAGAUCACUAUCAUACUUAUUCAUAACGCAUUAUUUAGACAUAAAAUAGCUCGUUAGGACCUAGGCUAACAGUCCAACCGAAUCCCUCAGACUAGACACGAAAACUGAGCGCAAUAACUUUCUUACUAAUAAGAGAAGACGAUUAUUUACACAUUUGGCCCAAUACUUAAGGGCCGCAAUUGGAAACAUGGACUGGUGCAGAAAGUUAUUAGGAAAUAUCUUUAGCAUGUAGCAAAUUGUUUUUGAUGGAGUUUUUAUAUAAUAAUCGUAGACAUAACCCAGAUGUUUAAUUUAUUUGAAAUGUGUUGAAAUUUUUAAUUUUUAAAUGUUUAGUUUCGUAAAGUACGUUGAUAUAUCAUAGAUCUUAGUUCAAUCAUAUCAAACGGUUUUUAUAUUAAGCGUCAUUCCGUUACUAUAGAUAAGUUUAAGUUUGUUGUUUGACUUUAAGAACACUAUGUUUUAAAAACACUUCUCCAUUUUUAAAGAUAUCCUAGAGUUGUAAUUUUUGUUUAGUUUGGAUGCGCCAAGCUAAACAUGUGUUUAGAACACAAAAUCCUUGGCGUCUCCAAUGCAACUAUCAUACAACCAUAGCUUGAAUACGUUGAUAUUAAUCACUAUAUUAAACUACAUAAGUCAAUAACUGGUAAUAUUUCUUAGUUUUUUAUCGAGCGUGUUUGUGUGUGUGUGCGUUAAUGUGGAACAAAAAUUCAUUCUCAUUAAUGCAUUUCUUACAUGAAUUUUGCGUAUACUUAGAACACUAAAUUUAUGGCUAGACUUGGUAGAACAUUUUACUUAAUCAGCAUUAUCUCUAAAGUAUUCAAAAGUAGUGCUUUAAGUAAACCAUAUUACUAUCCAUCCAAAAGAAAUUUUUUUAGCAAAAUUGUUUGUAGAUUAAUGAAAAAAUCAUUGUUCGGUUUCCUUAGCUAAGUUGAUAACGAAGAUUGUGUUUUUAGCACUAGAUAUGGGAUAAAUCUAGUCUAUAUUGAAUUAUAUUUCGAUUGGUCAACAUUAAUUUAAAAUAUGUUGUAUUGGUAAGGUUUUUAAUGAUUUCCAAACGGAGGUGAAUUGGUUGUAAUUUAAAUUAAUUGACUCAAGUUAUUUUGAAUUAUGUAUUGUGUUGUGUACUCAAUUUAUAUGCAUAUAGGCUAUGUAGAACCUACACAGAGAAUACAUAAUUUAAGUCAAUAAUGUAACGUGAUAAUAAACUUAAUGAAAACCCUAGACCAAAAUCGAACAAGAUCCAAAUUUAAAGGGGAUCCGCAGAGUAGUAAGUAUAAAGUAAUUGCAUAUAUCGUAACAGUUUGUGGUUUAUUGUUUCACACCUGUGUACUUUGUAGCUUUGCGUUCUUGUUUCUCAUUGAAAUUAAAAUUGCAAUUAGUUUUCGUUUUCUCUUACGUAGUGCCUGCUUUUAGAACCCCACGGCAGGAGGGGUAGUGGAGCGGUAUGCUGUGUUAAAUUUACUUAAUUAGUUUCACCCGCGACGCGACACUUGAACAUUGAACGGGCACGGACCGCUGGCCCUGCAAGCGAAAGACGCAAGCCGCGAAUUCCAAAAAUCGAACUCGAUGUUGUGAACUUUAAAUGGGCUGCCAAUGCGUAGUUAACGGCUUGGGCCUGCAGCUGUCGUGGUAAUUUAUGCGCCCUAGAUUCCAAAUAUUCAAUUGGCUUUCCGAUUAAAGCGACCUUAAGACAAUCCAACGAGCUUUUGAUAUGAUGACUUACAAACGGCAACUAAGGAAAGACUGCAGCAGACUCACUCCCAAGACGGGGACUUACAUGUGUUCAGGAUGGGCGAAAACCCAGUACCACGUGUGGUAUGAGUGAUAUUAACAAAAACCCUAUCAGCCGACACAUACAAUUAUCGAACCCAUGUAUUUUAAACGUCAAUAAAGGACCAAUAUUUUGAACUA